AUGUCACUUGCCUUUGCCAUUCCAAUGUGGCUGCUCUUGACUUAUGUGCUGAUCGCUUGUGUCUCGCUUACUGACAGAACUGUCCCACUCUGCGUGCGCCAGCCUCCAACACAAUUGCGCAUUCGCGAGCACCAGGAGCACUACCAGGGGAUCUUCUUGCAGGCUGGCAUUCACUCAGCAUCGCCCAUUCCAGUUCUCACACUCGGUUCUAAUACAUCCUCAUACCAAUCCACCAACAACACAAUAGUGUUUGAGCUGAUUUCGGAUAGCUUGGGUGAUCUGCGUCUGGCAACGGGAACUGAAGACUCUGGAGUGGCCCCCAACGAUGAGCAGCAUAACGACACGAGCAAUGGACUAGGCGAAGAGCCGAGUACUGGAGAUGGAAAGAUUGCUCCUGCCUCAAUUGGGACGAUCCAUCCAAUUGUCGCCCAUGAUGCACAUUCGACUCCGGUUCGGACGAUGAUUCUUCGCAGGAUGGCAAAGACUCAGAUGAUAAUUCCCGACAUGCCUCCCACUCGAACGACGAUACUAGCCAUACCACUGAUUCGAACGACGAUACUUGCCAUGACUGUGCCUGCGAGGCCGAAGGUUAGUAAAUCCGUGUGGUUUCCCCAGCCGCAAAAACUUCAGCAAAAGUUCAAGAAGCACCAUACCGGCAGGUGA